AUGGAGUUGGUCGAUUUACCCACGGGGCAAAGAAAAUUUUCAUGGAGUAGGGGGAGUGAGAAGGCUAUGAAGAUGGAAUUUUCUUGUAGAUAUGGAAGCUCUGUGGAGACCCUUGUUGGUGCAUCGGUAUGGUCUGCUAGAGGCAACUAUUUUAAUGGGAGGGUGUAUUCGAGAGACAACAAAAACUCAUUAUGGUGGAGAGACAUCAAAAGUUUUGGCUCUAAAUCGGAGACAUCAAAUGAUUGGUUUUUAAAGGGCGUAUUAUAUAGGUUGGGUUCAGGACGAAGAAUUUUGUUCUGGGAAAAUAGAUGGUGUGGUGAGGUUCGGUUAAAGAUUUUGUUUCCUAUUCUUUUCAAUCAAUGUCAGAAUCUGUUUGAAACUGUACAAGAAAUGGGAGAAGUUAUGGGGGACAGGUGGUACUGGAAGUUCCAAGGGGAGGUUAUAAAUCAGUCAGUGGAUGCUCAAGAGGAGAUGAUAGCAAUGUUUGAAAUUCAUGGGCAGGUUAGUAAUAGUGUUUCUAGGGAGGACGGUAGUUUUAGGUGGGAAACAAAAAUCGAUGGAGAGUAUGCAGUAAGGGAUGGAUAUAGAGUGGUGACGGAUUUGGGAGGUACAAUAGCUCAAAAACUUGACCAGAAUGAGGUGUUAUCAUCUUUAUGGGAGUCGAAACUUCCGUCAAAAAUAUUUAUUUUUGGAUGGAGAUAUUUGAAGGACAGAGUAGCUACGAAGUUGAAAUUAAUGUGCAAGGGAGUGAUACACAAAAAUGAGGAUGGUCAGUGUGUAUUCUAUGCGGAGUAG